AUGGUGGUCUCAGACAGCAAGAGUAAGGGGAGUGUCAAGUCAACCAUUCACGACAAUCCAAACGUUGAUGUUCGCAUUCAGGACAUUCAUAUCGCAGAUAUGGACCAGAGUUCCAUGCCCGAUUCUACAAAUUCGCACUCGUCUCACUCCUCGCACACAGCAACCGCAUCUGCUGCGCAAUCAGGCUCAUACUCGGUCAUAAACCAGUCACCAAUCUCAAAGACAGCAGAUUGGACUCUAGAUCUCCCCGACUCCCAACAUGCACAAUUCUUCAGAAGCACAGAUUGGGCUGCAACUCCUCUUGGCCCAUUGGAAUCAUGGGGACUUGCGCUUCGACUUCACACUUUUACGACAUUUUCGGAUUCGAGACCCGCGUGUUUAUACUGGGUGGCUAUAUACAACGAACAUUUUAUCACUAUAACCGGCAAAACCCAUCCAACACUGAUGGGCAAACCUUUUGAAGUGGCCUUCCCAGAGAUCUGGAACGACAUAAGAGGCGUUUUCAUCUAUGCAGAGACUAGCAAGGUUGCGGCGGACGUCAAUGAGAUACCUUUAAUGGUAGAAAGGAGUGGUUACAAAGAGGAGUCGUACUUUACUGGAAGCUUCAAUCCCGUUCGAUGCGAAGAUGGAGCAGUUGGAGGCUUUUACAAUUCUGUAGGUUCGUAA